UCGAAGCAGGAAUGGCGCGGGCUGAAGUGAAAGAGGUAUCGUUCAAACGCAGUCACACACACACUCUCUCUCUCUCUUCACUGUCUCUGUGACUGAGAGUGAGAAGCGCGAUGCAGAUCAGAGAAGAAGAGCCCGCGAGAACGAAGAUGGAGUCGCUGCGGCUGAUGUGCGACCGAGAGAUGUCAGUUCACCGGCAGAAGAUGGACUCCUUCGCUUCAUCGUUUCUCGGCGCACUCGAUUCCAUCAAGACCAAAUCGCAAGAGACCGUCCAAAAUCAAGGACGGUUGUUGAAGAUGAAAAGCAGCUUGAAAGAGGCAGAGGAUGAGCUUGUCAAAGCCCUUGCAGUUAAGACCCGUACUGAGGCCAAGCGGAUGGCUACUACGGAAUCCAUUUCUGCAAUAAAAGCUAGGGUCGAGGAACUUAAGAGAAUUUUGCAGGAUCAGAAGGCUCGGAGAGAUGAAUACGCGGCAAUUAUGUCCCGUGAAUCACUGGGUUUGGCAGCAGCAGAAGAGAAGAAUGAACAAGGAGCUAAAUGGAAGGAGGAGAUUCAGGAGGCAAUCUCAUGGUACAGUCGGGUCCUUGGUCUCAGAAUUGAAGGUGGAAGUGGGGUUAAGUUCAUGUUCAACAAUGUUGAUGUGAAAAGACCGGAUCAUGUGUACUCCUUCACCAUUCGCCAUGCAAAUGAUACAUACACAUUAUUGCAGUGUGAUCCACUUGUAGACAGCACCAAGGAGUUGGUCCUCGAGUUGAACAAAAGCAAUGAUCUUUAUAAAUUUGUCAGGAUUAUGAGAAGAAAAUUUCAAGAAGCAGCAGAAGGAUCCUUGCCCCAAAUGGUAGCUCUUCCUCAAGAAUCUUUGACAGUCUCUGUGUCUGCUCCAGUCACAUCAGUUUCUACUGAGAUAAGCGGAACUCCAACAAGCGAACCAGAGGAUCAGUUUCAACAUACCAAAGUUAACAAGAAUGUUAAGAAAGCUAACCCCGGGAGAGCCGCUAAAGAAUCAGCUUUGUCUUCUGGAUCAGCAUCAUCUCUUCGACGCUCUUCUCGUUUUACUAAGGUUACAAAAUGAUGACUGUUAGUCACAGAUAGAUCAUGUCUUGUGACCAUGUUGACAAAUUAUUAUCCGAAGUACAUCCUCUGCUACUCUGUGUUCUAGACUCAAAAUUUGCCUGCUUUCUUGAUCAUCCAAAUGAAGCAUCUAACCUGUGGCCAUAGGUAACUAGACGUCAGCUUACCAUUGGUCCCUGGUUGUACUCGUCAAAUUAGCAUGUUUGAGAGGUGUUAUUCUCGGGUUGCUUGUCUUUCCCACAACUGCGAUGUUUUAUCAUUGUUUCGUUUUGUGAAAUAAGGUUGUUUGGGAGAACAUUUGCUUUCCUGUCUGGUGAUCGUACUAUGUAAUUUAUUUUGUAUUUCACCGAUGGAGGAAAGAUACUGUUGUCGCAAGAAAGGCUGCAAAAGAGCCGAUGAAAGAAAUUUUCUGGGAUUUCAUUUCGAUUUUGAGA